UGUGCAUUGUACCAAACCAAUUAUGUAUACAUUUUCACGCACAUAUAUUACUUAUGAAUUAUAAAAACCACUAGUAAUGUUUUUAAUUACUUUUGAUUGUUAAUUUCUUUGUAAAUCUUUAAAUAAAAUACACCUUUUUCUGCAUUGAGUUCAGUAAUGCGAAAAACCAAAAUGACUGCCUAAUUUGAACUGUAAAAUUACCGAGAAAACACGAACAAAAGGGAAUAAAUUAAACCCGCUUUCAAUGCUAAAAUACUGUGGAUGGCGUAGCCGGUGUUGGAUCGGCUACGGUUAUUUUUUUAAAGCGCGGCCGAAGGCCGCCACUGCAGAAAGGAAUGAAAUGCUAAAAUACUGUGGAGGAAAUCCCGGUGUAGCAUUAUUUUACAAAUUUAAGUAUAAAAAAAAUUAAGGCUUUAUUUUUCUUAACGAUUUCAAUAUACCAUCUAAUAUGUGUGCUGGGAAGCAUAACGGUACUUUUCAUAUGUUUACCCAUAUUUAAAAAUUUGCCGUUAAGCAAAAUACGUUUUCGGUGUUAUUUGGCGUUAUUGAAAAUAAAAAUAUUAUUAUAACACAAUGUGCGAAAUUGCAAAUGGAACGCGGUCCACACGGUUUGAGUGGAGCCUUAUGCGUGUUGGCACCGAGCUGCGCACGCAUGAACAAGGAGUCCGUUUUGCGGAGGAAAACGGCCUAAUACCGAGCGAGCAAAUGUGCCCUGUACACAAGGUCCCAAAGACUAUACGGAAAGGGGGCAAAUUUGGUUAUUUUGUGUGCUACAGAGGCACAUGCACAAAAAAGCCACGUGUUUCAGUAACCAUCGGGACAUGGUUUGAAAAUGUCCGCAUCAGUGUCCCUCAGGUGUACUUUUUGAUGUACUGCUUUGCGUGUCGUAUGUCCCGCGAAGAAAUAUUGCGCGAGGACUAUACAAAUGAUGGGAAAACUUUGUCAUCUGCAACAAUAACAGACUGGUAUAGUUAUUGCCGAGAGGCCGUGGUAAUAUACCAGUUGGACCACCAAUAUGAACAAGGAAAAAUUGGUGGUCCGGGAAAAAUUGUUCAGAUCGACGAGAGUAAAUUUGGGCGGCGGAAGUACAACAAAGGCAGGCACGUAGAGGGACACUGGGUUCUUGGGAUGAUUGAAGAUGGUAGCGAGGACAUACGCCUCGAAGUAUGUCCUGACAAUCUUGAAACGGCGGACAAUUUAAUUCCAUUGAUCCAGAAGCACGUGGCUGAAGGAAGCAUAGUUCGUACGGACGGCUGGCGGGCAUAUGACGCAUUAACAAAUUUUGGGUACGUCCACCAAAAGGUGAAUCACAGUGACGAAACCAACCCUUUCGUUUCCGAAGAUGGUGUUCAUACGCAGCGAAUUGCGUCGCAAUGGCGUGUAGUGAAACGUUUCUUUUACAAAGCCGACUAUAAUCACACCGCCAACUUCGCCGACAUCAUCGUCGAAUAUAUGUGGCGGCGAUCUAUUCAAAAACAAGAAAAAGAUCCCUUUGUAUCAUUAAUAGAUGCAAUUAAAUAUGUAUAUACAUUGCACUGAAACAUUUUGGUUUUCUUUAUUUUGAUUUCUUGUCCAUACAAAAAUGUUGGCUGGGUUGCAUUGGUUUCAGUUUGUAUGGAAAAAUGAGCAAAAACACUGAUUUUUGGUCAUUUUCAAAGGGCUCCCUACAGGUCUAUAAGGGCUCUAGGGGAUCAAGUGGGGGUUUAUUAAAAAGUUCGAUCCUUCCUCUUUCCAAUAAGCGGCGUGAGAGGGGUUAACUCAGCUAUAAUCGCGUAAGAAGAAGUUUAAGAUACGGCGUCGUUUUG